UGCUCGCAGCUUGACUCCUCAGCUUGAUAGGAAGGGACGAUCCUGAACCGAGCUCAUUCCUGUUCUCACGUCCCCCUCCGGAGAGAGUGUCCGCCGGUUCCGAUGAAAGAACUCAGCCGUAACUCGGGGUGUAUCUCCUAACCCGGACCAACCAUCCUCCCACAUGCGCUGACACGUCUCCAGAUAUUACACACAUCCCGUCGGGUGGCGGAGGGAGCUUUUACUUGGCUGGUUUGACACAUUGUGAAUACGUACGAGAGACGCACAGGCGGGGGAAGAUGUUGCUGAAGGAGUACAGGAUAUGCAUGCCACUCACAGUGGAGGAGUACCGGAUUGGGCAGCUGUACAUGAUCAGUAAACACAGCCAUGAGCAGAGUGACAGAGGGGAAGGAGUGGAGGUCGUCCAGAAUGAACCGUUUGAAGACCCGGCACACGGCCAAGGACAGUUCACAGAGAAACGAGUCUACCUCAACAGUAAAUUACCCAGCUGGGCUCGAGCAGUGGUUCCUAAGAUCUUCUACGUGACAGAGAAAGCAUGGAACUACUAUCCUUACACCAUAACAGAAUAUACAUGCUCAUUCCUGCCCAAGUUCUCCAUCCACAUAGAAACAAAAUAUGAGGACAACAAAGGAUGCAAUGACAAUAUCUUUGACACCGAGCUGAAGGAGCAGGAGAGGGAAGUGUGUUUUAUCGACAUCGCCUACGAUGAGAUCCCGGAGCGCUACUAUAAAGAGUCUGAGGACUUGAGAUAUUUCAAGUCAAGUAAGACGUCACGGGGGAUUCUUCAGGAGGGCUGGAGGGACACCCAAGAGCCCAUCAUGUGCUCGUACAAACUGGUCACCGUCAAGUUUGAGGUGUGGGGUCUGCAGACACGCGUGGAACAGUUUGUACACAAGGUGGUUCGGGAUGUGCUGCUGCUGGGGCAUAGGCAGGCAUUUGCCUGGGUGGAUGAGUGGAUUGACAUGACAAUGGAUGAGGUGAGAGAGUUUGAGCGCGCCAUCCAGGAGGCCACCAACCAGAAGAUCGGGAUGUUCCCGCCAUCAAUCUCCAUCAGCGAGACGCCCCUGUCCUCUUGUUCCCUCACCGGCCCUGCCAGCGCCCCCUCCACUCCCAUGUGCACUGAUGCUCCUGAGUCCCUCUCUGUCCCCAAGGACCGACCCCGCAAAAAGUCUGCUCCAGAAACCCUAACCCUUCUCGACCCUGCCCCAAGUGGUGUCCCCCAGGGCUCUACCCCGAGCCCACAACCCGUUUCAAACCACCUCCAAUCAUCCACACCACCCUCCUCCAACUCUGAUCUUGCUGAGACGGACGAGCAGUAAAGGGACCUUGGGAUGUCUUCCCCCACCCUGUGCUUUACUUAUUGCCCCAACCCCAUUGUCUUAGUAGCCCAACGGGACUAGCCUAACCUCCAAACACCAGUGGCCAGACGUUCUCUAGCCAUAUUCAAUGAUUUGCCAUAAUCCUGGACACAUGACAGUCACAAUCACAAUAGAAGUCUACAUCAGUGUUACUGAUACCAUCCAGGCAGCUGUAGGCCUAGUCACCCUGGCUGACUUUCUCUUCCUGUGAGUCUAGCCAGCCACACGUCUCAUCUAUUAUAAUAACCACAUGUGAUGUCUAAUCAAAACAAAGUGCAACCCUUAUUAUUUUUCUUGAGCAGCAGUUCCUUAUGUUAUAUGAAUAAAUUAAUCUUAGUGUUUCCUUAGUUGUUUUCUUCAAUCAGACGAGCUGAUUGCUUUCAAGCUGUUGAAAUAUGAAGUAGUUGCCUUAGCACCGCAGAGCCAGUGGUGUUUGUUAGUUUUGACAAUAUGCGCCAACGAUGUGCAAAUGCCUGAUAUUUAUUGUCCUUUUUCAGUCCGUGAAAUGGCGGUAUGUAAUAAAUUACAAAUUAAAUCAAUGACACAAACUAGAGUAGCACAGUAGACUUAAUAUGUUAGAAUAACACACGCCAGAAAUACAGCAAAGCACCCUCAUUACAGAACCAUUUAGCAACUGCUUUCCAGAGCUUCACGGAUCAGAUUGCACCCAUCCUUUCCAUCCCAGACUCCAGUUAUACAACAGAUGCAAGAUCAGUACAAUCAUAGAGUUUACACCUCAGGUCUCCCCAACUCUACCUGGCUCACACUCCAAAAGCAGGGAUAUUACUGUACCUUUCUCUCCCUGCUUAUUGCCAAACAGCCACAUUUUAUACCUCCACUGAUAUUACAAUACAGCAACUAUUGUAUGUACUAUACCCGUCUACUUAACCCUUGGAAUGUUUACACAUCAGAAACCUUGGAGCAUUUGCGUAUUAGCAGUAACGUUGUACCUUAAGCUGUUGUUGUAUCUGCACUUGCGGUUUUAGCAUGACAGUUGAUUCUAAAAUUGAAUUUGUUGAAGUUUAUUACUGCGUAUAUCUUACUCGAGUUGACAGAGAGGUCAGUACAACACCAACAAAACAACAACAAAAAAAAAACUUAAGCAAAAUGUUGCCUGAAACUAAUGCUGGACAUCUCAUGUGACAUUAACGUGAUCCAAUUUUGUCAAAUCAGCAAAUCACUUUAUUGUCAUAUGUAGGAACAAGGCCAUUUUGGGGAGUUUUUAAGCAUUGAUCUUAGUGCAUAGUGGAGGUAGUGACAACUCAAAGCUUGAUUUGAGGAGAAAGGCACAUGCAUCAAGCUGACUUGAGUAUGUGCUUCAUUAGCUGCGUAACGCCUGAGAAGUGCUGACUUCUUUUUUGCCAGUCCUGGCUGGUUAUUUUGAGCUAGUGCUUUAGUGGGCACGGAAAAUGAUUUUCAAAAUGGGAACAUCCUUUGCAGUGCCCCUUUACCUGUGCUGGGCUUGUACUGCAAGUUACCAUCUAAAACCUUGAAGGAGAAACAAACACAUGAGGACAGCAAGUUAUUCUUUGAACCCUCUUUUCCCACACAAUGAUAUUACUCAAAGAAAGGGUUUUUUAUAUGCUGCAUGGAAUGUGCAUAACAUAUAUACAUAUUAUGUGAAGUAUAUAUGGUAUAUGCUGUAAAUGAAUGGAUUGGUACAGUAUAUUUGGUAAUGCAACUGUAUGGGGGGGAAAAAAGUGAAUGCCAACUUUGGAAGCUCUGUACUAAUUUUGUAUAAUAGAACAAGCAGAUGUUGAGUGAAGCAUGUCCAGAGAAUAUAGGCCUAAACACUCUUUCAACUCAGUGCCUCUGCAUGCAACUAUUGUAUCAUUACCUACAUGUGAGCAAACCAAAAUCUCUUAUAUUUCAUCUUCUAGAAACACAAAACGUCAUUGCAUUUAUUUGCCUGUUUUCUAUCUCAAAUGUUGCAUAUAACCAAGGAUGAAAAAGAAUGGGCUACAGCCCCACAGUACAGUAGCUGAACUACAAGAUAAUCAGAUCAAAUCAAUCAUAUCCAACUGCAUCAUCAGACUCUUAAGUAUCAGGGCUAACUUGUUAUUAUAUUUUAGGAAAUUAGUCGUUUUUUGUUCCCCUACUCAUACCAAUUACUUCUAACUUUACAGCGCAAAUGCAUUUUGCACUUUCCGGUCUUUGACACCUUAUUUGACAAUGAAGAAAUGUGUUACAUAACAGUCUUGUUGGGUUUGUUGGACCAAAGUCCUAUAAUACAGUGUAGGGACUUCGAAGUGAGCAGUUUCAAGGAGAGAGUCCUCUGUGGUCUUGCCAUAAAAUAUUGUUAAUAUUAUGUACAGUUUCUCACUUGCUUUUGUUAAAAAAACAAAACAACUGUAGCUAUUUAUCUGUAACGGUAGCUUUUGUCUUUGCCUUUUGAGGAUAAAAAAAUGUUAUAUACCAGUUAUCGGCCCACUGUAUUGAUCUAUUAUGUAUAGAUUAUACAUACUUACAACUCUGGUAUUGACCAUCUCUCUUGUCAGGAACACAGAGAUCCAGGGAUAUGUCUGAUUUACCAUGGGCUAUUAAAAAUAAUGCAAAAUAAUAUCCAGUUGUGUAACAUUAAGCUCUGCUCUGUUUAAAAGAGUAACAUAGUAGGUAUUGUAAAUACUGUUGUUAUUGACUGAUAUAGUAGGUUUCUUACAUUGAAUAUGUUCCAAGUUGCAUUACUGAUGUGACAUGAAUGUGCUCAAAGAUUUCAAAUAGCCAGAGAAGGAUAUUCUUUAGUGUUUGUGCGAUAAGGAUGACGUCUGCACAGACAUGAGUUCAAAGUUUGCUUUAAUCUAGGAGUAAUAUGUGUCUUUAUCUAUGAAGUCAUUGUCAUCUAUUAAGGAUGCUGAAUUCCGUUAAGUUUACUCUUCUCAAUCGAGUAUCAAGAUUCCUCAUUGUAGUGGUGCACUUUUGACUCUCCAGUUGCUUUUGGUGACUCCGCAGGGCAAAAAUUAUUUGUAUGAGUUGUAAAACAAAAUGAAGCUUUUCUUUUUAGUGGGGUGGCUGCUUAGACGUUUAAUUGCCAUGGUAAUUGAGAGGUGAUUGGCGUUUCUGUUGUUUCUUUUUUUUUUUUAAUUUUUGGUAGUAAACCUGCUGUACUUUGAAUUUGUGGUUGCUGUAUCGUUUGAAGGAAGAAUCUAAAUCAGUUUGUCAUUAUUUCUUUAGAUAAAAGGACCAAGCUUUUCACUCCUCCUCCCCACACCCUAAUGCAGUUUUGCAUUCGGCCAGGCUGUUGUGCUGUCUCCUGAUAACUGGGACCUGGCUCACCAACCAGGAUCACUAAGUUAGCUGUACUGAACUGCACCAGAGACAGCUCGGUGUACUUCACAGGUGUGGUUCUGGCUUAUCCAGCUUUCUACAUUAUUCCUGCUUUGUGAAACAGGCCCCAGAAGUGCCAUUCGUGUUCGGCUGCUGGAAGUCGCUCUUAGUUCUUCCACUUUAACUAUUAUUGUAUUUGUUAUAUUUUUACUUCCCUUUGAGGUUCAUUUGGUUCUUUGUUGUAAUUAUUGUUUUACUUUUUCUGAAAUAGACAAAUAAACUUUACUAGCUAUUGCAA